UACCAUGGUUCAACGUCGCUAAGGCAGAGCUGGUUCGUCCCAUGCGCGCCAGGCUCCAGCGGGAAACUGAGAGUGCUAACUUAAAACAGGCGCACGUUAGCACAUACCGUGGCCUUUCUCUCUCUCUCCUCCUCCCACUCGACUGCAUUGGAGCAACGGUUUUCGAAACUCUCGCGGGGACUUCGUUCUCUCAUGUGACGUCAACACCCCAGGCGCAUUUUAGCCCUGCUCUUCCCCUGGCUCUGUUGCUUUGCUUCCCUGGUCUCUCCAUAUCCCGAAGCUGUUUCUCUCGCCAAAGCUUCUUCAGAUCACCUGCAUUUCCUCCUUCCGUAGAAGUUAUUGGUUGAUCAGGUGCGAAAGUUUGGCUACUGAAUGUUGAUUUUUGAAGUAGGUGAAAAUGCGGGAGCGGCAGUAUAAGCGCACAGCAUCCAAAGACUACCUCACUGGUUUGGACAGAGAGGAAAGUAUAGUCCGUUUUCAUAAUGUUGCUGGGAAAGAAUCUGGAAACCCUUCAUGGAGCCUUUCCUUGCCACAUAUACUUGUAGCAACUGUUUGUUCAUUCUUAUUUGGCUACCACCUUGGAGUAGUCAAUGAGACUCUAGAAAUCAUUUCUUUAGACCUUGGCUUUAAUGGGAGUACCCUGGCUGAAGGUCUAGUGGUGAGUACAUGUUUAGGGGGUGCCUUUGUUGGAUCUCUAUUCAGUGGUUGGAUUGCAGAUGGGAUUGGGCGCCGCAGAGCAUUCCAAUUGUGUGCUUUACCGAUGAUAAUUGGGGCUUCAAUGAGUGCAACAACAAGAAGUCUGGAGGGUAUGCUUCUUGGAAGGUUUCUUGUUGGGACUGGAAUGGGUAUUGGCCCACCUGUUGUUUCUCUCUAUGUGGCAGAGGUUUCACCCACGUUUGUAAGGGGUACUUAUGGGAGCUUCACUCAGAUUGCAACAUGUAUUGGGCUUAUUGGUGCCCUAUUGAUUGGAAUCCCUGCCAAGGAAAUUGAUGGUUGGUGGCGGGUUUGUUUUUGGGUAUCUGCAUUUCCUGCUGCAAUACUUGCUUUUUUAAUGGAGUUCUCUGCAGAGAGUCCUCAUUGGCUUUUGAAGAAAGGAAGGGCAGCUGAAGCUGAAGCUGAAUUUGAGAAGCUUUUAGGAGGAUUACACGUCAAAUCUGCAAUAGCAGAAUUGUUAAAGUUGGAAAGAGGGGAAGAAGUAGAUGCUGUAAAGCUGUCAGACUUAUUCUUUGGACACUACUUUAGAGUGGUUUUCAUUGGAUCAAGCCUAUUUGCUUUACAACAGCUUUCUGGCAUAAAUGCUGUGUUCUAUUUCUCUUCAACUGUCUUCAAAGGAGCUGGAGUACCUCCAGACCUUGCAAAUAUGUGUGUUGGAAUUGCAAAUUUAUCAGGGUCAAUCAUUGCAAUGAUUUUGAUGGACAAACUGGGAAGGAGAGUGCUUCUUCUAGUGAGUUUCUCAGGCAUGGCAGCCUCAAUGGGCCUUCAAGUCACUGCAGCGAGUUCUUUUGCAUCAGAAUCUGGAGCAUUGUAUCUAUCUGUCGGUGGCAUGCUGCUGUGUGUCUUGACAUUUUCUCUGGGUGCUGGUCCAGUCCCAGGUCUCCUCCUUGCGGAAAUAUUCCCCAGCCGAAUUAGGGCAAAGGCAAUGGCAGUAUGCUUGGCUGUGCAUUGGGUGAUAAAUUUCUUUGUUGGUCUACUUUUUCUACGCUUGCUGGAGCAAAUUGGGCCCCAGAUCUUGUAUACAAUCUUUGCUACAUUUUGCUUGAUAGCCGUGGCUUUUGUGAAGAAGAAUGUGGUGGAAACCAAAGGCAAAUCACUCCAAGAAAUUGAGGUUGCUCUUCUUGCACCUGAGUAGAGAGGUAUUUUCUUGUUAUUCACUGUAUUAUUUGGCAUUAUAAUUGUUGAAAUUCAGCUAAGCAAAAUGAUUGGUGAAGUUUUGGGAUCAACUUUGUAUAAUUCUUGGAGCCAGGUUAAGAUUCUUGAUUGUACUUGCAUCACAGCUUUCUUCUUGUUUAUUAAUGAAAGUGGUUCAAUCUUAUAUA